AUGCUCCCUCCCCGGCGCAACUUGAUCCCCGCACCACAGGCGAACUCAGGCCCUCUUAUGGAAAGACGGGCGGACAGAGCUCUACCCAAUGUUCAAAACGAGAGGCGAUGGAUACGAACCUUGCCUAUCUUUGCUGUUGUCGUGGGGGCCGCUAUGCUGGGUAUCUUUAACUAUCAGAAAUCUUCCUCCAGUGUGGUUAACAGUACGCUGUAUGCGCUGAGGACUUCCCCGCAGGCGAGGGAGAUUCUGGGCGAUGAGAUCUAUUUUGCUCAGAAGAUCCCGUGGAUUAGUGGAGAGAUGAACCAGCUUCAUGGUCGCAUUGAUAUCUCGUUCUGGGUCAAGGGUACUAAGGCUCAGGGUAAAAUGCGGUUCCGCAGUAUUAGACCUGACCGGACUAGCUUUUUCCGCACAGAAGUAUGGAGUUUGGAAACCGAGGACGGCACGGUUGUCCAGCUGCUUGACAAGGAUACCGACCCAUUCAACCAGACCAAUUGA